AUGAAGAAAGAUGCCAUCUACAAAGGAGGACGGGAACGACAUCCCCAUGGGCCAGUCACUCAAUUUCGCAGAUACAAUCCUUUCGCUUCUCCAGAGCUAUUGAGAUCUGGACAUCUGCCCACCCGGAUUCCGGCUCAACGCCGGACAGAAGUGCCCGCAACUGAAAGCGGCAGCCAACCACCGGUGCUCCCCCUCUCGCCACCCUUGGACGAGCCCGCGGCUUUAAGUACCUCACGUUAUCAUUUUUCAACCAACCCGGGUCUACCGAAUUACACACAGUCACCUCCAUUGAUUCCGCAAGAUGCCAUACAUUGGAUACGGAAGGGAGAGAAAGGCAAAGGACGGGUGACACAGGAUAUGACCCCACUCGAAUUUCUUCCCUCGUGUCGAUCCCUCUCGAAAGAUGCUUCGUCCAAAUCGUCACGGUCCCGAACAUGGUCGUCUCAGCACGAGUUCGUGGCCAUAUCGACUUUGAGGUCCAAGGACUAUUCGCUUACGUCCUCAACACGGGAACGACUAGAACGGUGGAACUCCAGCCAAACAUGGGCCAAUCGCGACGGAUUUGAAUGGGCCAUGUUCGGUCGACCUCCUGAGGCAACUUCGACAGGGAUGCAUACGCGGGGGAAUGUGGAUUCGAACGAUUCUGGUGCGACUCAGCUGAUCGAGAAGGAUGGAGAGGUGGCGCUCUCGUUUAACAAGGAGCCUACCGGGAAGAGACAGCUGCCGGUUCUUCCUCUUCUUAGCUUUCAAAGGCUAAUAGAGCCAAUGGAGGAAGCCGAGGAUUCUGGGGCACGUACGAGCUUCUCACAAGCUUCAAGGGAGAAGGUGGGCUCGAGGACAGUGCUUCCUGAUUCAUCGAAGCCACGCAAAGGCUCGAAGACGGAUUGCGACGCUCGGGGCUCAGACGCCAUCUUCACAUUUGCGGAUGCACUGACAUACUCACCGAAUAGUACGGAAUUGGAAGAGUUCAACGCCUCUUGGGGACAAGAACGAUCGCCUUUCACACCGUCACGAUCUAUCUAUGCGCAAAUAGGGAGACACGAUUCGAGCCCGAAAUUGGACUUACAUCCGUAUGCCCGUUAA